AUGAAAUUAGGAUAUAAUGAAAUAAUGAUAACAUCAAUGUAUUUUAAUGAUAUUAAUGAUUUUAUUAAUUUAGAAUUUGGAAUUAAAAGAUUUCAACCAAAUAUGGAACGAUUUCAUUUUAAUCCAAUUCCAUUAAAUGAAUAUUCAAGAAAAUUAUUUACUAAUAUUGAAACAUUUCAUAUUUAUAAUAAAUGUGAUGAAAUAUAUAAUGAUGGAAGAAUAUUUAAAUAUGUAAUAUGGUAUACAGUAAGUUAUUCAACAUAUUUACAAGAAAAAGAACAAGGAAAUAUCUGUAAAAAUAUAGAAUAUACAGAAUAUGAUAGAAAUAAAUAUGGCAAUAUAAUACCACCAGAAGUUAAAUCACUUGGAUAUGAUUGUUUUUAUAAAUGUUCAUCAUUAACAACAAUUAAUAUACCAUCAAGUGUUAGUGAAUUAGGAGAUUAUGGUUUUUAUGAAUGUUCAUCAUUAAAAUCAAUUAAUAUACCAUCAUCAAUUAUAUCAUUUGGAUAUGGAUGUUUUGAUGGAUGUACAUCAUUAAAAUCAAUUAAUAUAGAUAAUUUACAAUAUAUUAGUGAAGAAAGAAUAUUUAUGAAUGAACCAGUGUUAAUUAGUACUGAAAUACCAGAAAAUCUACAAAUAAUCAAUGGAAAGAAUAUUUUCAAGAAAGAUAUUAAUGAAUUUAUUAUUCCAUCUUCAAUCACUAAAAUAGGAUAUGGUUGUUUUUCUUACUGUUAUUCGUUAAAAUCAAUUAAUAUACCAUCAUCAAUUAAUGAAAUAGGAUAUUGUUGUUUUGGAUAUUGUUCAUCAUUAAAAUCAAUUAAUAUACCAUCAUCAAUUACUAAAUUUGGAGAUGGAUGUUUUUAUGAAUGUGGAUGUGAAGAUGAAUUAAAGAAAAAUGAAACAAUACCAAGAGAUUGUUUUGAUGAAUGGUGA